UUCUCGGCCGAGCCUAUCCUAACCCAAGUAGAACAGAGGAGGAUUAGAUUAGAGGAGGGGCAGGAAAGUAGUUACCAGCAAAAUGACGUCCGAUUUGCAGAUGCCUCCGGGUUUUAGAUUCCACCCGACAGAUGACGAGCUGGUAAUGCACUACCUCUGCAGGAAAUGCGCAUCUCAGCCUAUCUCUGUUCCUAUAAUUGCAGAGAUCGAUCUCUACAAAUACGAUCCAUGGCAGCUUCCUGGCAUGGCUCUUUAUGGAGAAAAGGAGUGGUAUUUCUUCUCUCCAAGGGACCGUAAGUACCCGAACGGGUCCAGACCGAACCGAGCGGCUGGAACCGGGUACUGGAAGGCUACAGGUGCUGAUAAGCCAAUCGGGCACCCGAAGCCCGUUGGGAUAAAGAAGGCAUUGGUAUUUUAUGCUGGAAAGGCACCCAAGGGAGAGAAAACGAAUUGGAUCAUGCACGAGUAUAGGCUGGCCGACGUCGAUCGAACGGCUAGGAAGAAGAACAGCUUAAGGCUGGACGAUUGGGUGCUAUGUAGAAUCUACAACAAAAAGGGUGCUUUGGAGAAUAAGCAUCCAAUCACGGGUAAAAAGUCCAAGAGCAACUACUCGGGUACAGAAGCCCAAGAGCAGAAACCCGAAAUUCAGACCCGCGGGCAGCCACAACCGGUAACGCCGAUGAUGACCGAUUUCGCCUGUUUCGACUCGUCCGACUCCAUACCUCGUCUGCAUACCACGGACUCCAGCUGCUCGGAGCACGUGCUCUCCUCCGAGUUCACGUGCGAACGGGAGGUGCAGAGCGAGCCCAGGUGGAAGAGAGAAUGGGAAAGGCCCCUCGACAUUCCCAUUAAUAACAUGGAUGCCAUCGCCGGCAGUGCCAGAAAUGACUUGAAUCCUUUCUCCCAAUUCGAUACCGUACAGCUUUCCCCUGUUUUCGUGGACCCUUAUCCGGACAUGUUCAUGUACCUGCAGAAGCCGUUCUGAAGGUGGGACCUACAUAUUUUCCUGGGUCCCACAGAUUCUUUCUCGCACAUGUGCGAGCAAUGAUAGCCGUUUGUUAUGUUGGUCAAUGCAAUGUAAGUGGACCCGCGCAGUAGAACGGGCUAAAGUCCGUGCGUGCGCGCGAGCUGUGUUGGAACGUUAGGUAUUCGUUUGUAUCUUAUCUAUUCAUGGAGCUGCCAAUCGGGUGAUCCAACGGCUGAGAUCAUUUGUAGUCCAGUGGGAAGUGGUGUACAUGCGCAUGUUAGAUUUUCCUCGUGCCACUACUCAUGUAUAGAUGAGUACAUGCAUGUACAUACGUAGUCUUUAGGUCCUCAGUAUCUUCUUAUUUAUACAAUUGUAACAAUGUCAGUCCCUGGUACGGAAGUAUUUCUGGCCGUCAGAUGGGGGCACAAUAUGGACUGCGAUUGAUUUAUCUUUA